CGGGCGAUUUUACGCCCUGCUGUGGCAAGGGUCUGUUAAUGGAUGUCAGAGGGAGUUGAGCGGCGUGUGGAGAGAUAAACAUGGAGAAAAACGUCGGGUCGCUGCAGGAACAGGCUCUGAAGAGAAAAGAGAGACUCAAAGCGCUGAGGGACAAAAAACUUCACGUACGAGAGCAGGAAGAUGAGGAACCGGAGAGCAAAAAGGCGGCACUGGAGGAGACCCCCGAAGAAAAGCACAGAGAGCUGAAACUGAGGAAUUACACUCCUGAAGAUGAAGAGCUGAAGGAGAGGCAGGUACCUAAAGCCAAACCAGCUUCAGUGGAAGAUAAAGUAAAAGACCAGCUGGAGGCAGCAAAUCCUGAACCCAUAAUUGAAGAAGUGGAUUUGGCCAAUCUUGCACCAAGGAAGCCUGACUGGGAUCUGAAGCGUGAUGUGGCAAAGAAGCUGGAAAAGCUGGAAAGGCGAACGCAGAGAGCCAUCGCCGAGCUCAUCCGGGAUCGGCUGAGAGGCAGCGAGGAGGAGCUGGCUGCUGCGGUGGGAGCUGUGGGAGUGGAGGAGGGAGACUCGGACUGAAUACGUGAUGCAACGGGGAAACGAACGGGAACGUCCUCAGUUCACUGUGCUUUCAAAUGUGAGCUGUACGUAUCCUGCAGAGGAGAGGGUUGGAUAUUAUCUUUUCCUCACCUUCCUAUGAGUCACGCGUUUCAUAUGUGGUUUCUGAAGGUGUAUUUUAUAUAUAUUUUUUUAAACAUUUAAAAUAAAAUGUUUUAUUUUAUUUUUUUUUAAAUGUCUGAAUUUCCUUGUUACAUAAAUAAAGCUAGACUUGAACUCGUGCUUCUCCCAAAGUCUAAAU